UUUAAGAAAAAGCUAACGUGUUUAAAGCUCCAUUCUCUCCCCAUAUUAACCCCCUCACCCUCUUCAUUAUCUGCUGCUCAUUUCUCAACCAAAAAAACCAAAGCACACUCUUUCUUUCUCUCUCUCUCUCUCUUCUGUUCCUUUCUAGCAUUUGCAAAUCUUUCUUCUUUUAGUUCUUGAAGCUAUGGCAAAGGAAGAAGAGCAUGGCUCAUAUCAUGCUAAGGACUAUGUCGACCCUCCACCAGCACCUUUGAUUGAUGCAGCUGAGCUGAAGAAAUGGUCAUUUUACAGAGCUUUGAUAGCUGAGUUCAUUGCAACUCUGCUCUUCCUUUACAUCACAGUCUUGACUGUGAUUGGCUACAAGAGCCAGACCACCUCUGACUCCUGUGCUGGUGUUGGUCUUCUUGGUGUUGCGUGGGCCUUUGGUGGCAUGAUCUUCGUUCUUGUUUACUGCACUGCUGGUAUUUCUGGGGGUCACAUUAACCCAGCAGUGACAUUUGGUCUAUUCUUGGCUCGUAAGGUCUCAUUGAUCCGAGCCCUUGCUUACAUGGUGGCUCAGUCUUUAGGAGCCAUAUGUGGGGCUGGGCUGGUUAAGGCUCUGCAAAAAUCAUACUACAACAGGCAUGGCGGUGGAGCCAACACUCUUUCAGAAGGCUACAGCAUUGGAACUGGUUUGGGUGCAGAGAUUAUUGGUACCUUUGUUUUGGUUUACACUGUUUUCUCUGCUACUGAUCCCAAGAGAAAAGCUAGAGACUCCCAUGUCCCAGUAUUGGCUCCACUUCCAAUUGGGUUUGCUGUUUUCAUGGUUCACUUGGCUACCAUCCCAAUCACUGGCACUGGCAUCAACCCUGCUAGGAGUAUUGGAGCUGCUGUUAUCUACAACAACAAGGAGGCUUGGGAUGAUCAUUGGAUUUUCUGGGUUGGUCCCAUGGCUGGAGCAGCCAUUGCAGCUUUCUACUACCAAUUCAUCUUGAGAGCAGGAGCUGUUAAGGCUCUUGGGUCAUUCAGGAGCCAGACCCAUGUUUGAUAAUGAUCUUUGACAAGUCUUUUGCCUUCCUUCAUGCUUUUUAAGAGGACACAAAAAAAAAAAAAAAGGAGAAAGUGAAAGUAAUGAGGGUAGUUUCUUUUAUGAUUUAUGUGUGGUUAUUGUUCCCCAAACACCCCUUUUUCUUCAAUUCCCCUUUGUGGAAGUUGAAAAUUUUAUUGGAACUGAGGGUCAUGAAAAUUUAGAUAAAGUACUCUUUGAGAAGUAUGGGUUUGUCA